AUGGGAGUUUCAAGGCAAGAGACCAGUAUAGUCAGGGUAUUGAGAAGUCAAAACAGCUGUGCUGACUCCUUGGCAACAUUGGCAUACUCUUCGGGUGAUCACAUUCCCCGAAUGAUACUAGUAAAGCUUUUGGAGCACCCGAGCAUUGAGUGCCAAACGUUAGUGGCAACUACGUCGGAACUGGGGUUGAGUUGGAUGGAUCCAUACGUAGCCUUUUUGUCCGACGGGUCUUUGCCGGGGGAUGCAAAAGAGGCGGAGAAAGUGCACAGAAUGUCGACACGUUUCUGGCUAUCUGAGGAUAAGAGGUACUCAUCACCAGCAUACCCCCAAAGCAAUGGGCAGGUCGAAGCAACGAAUAAGGUGAUUGUCAACGAUUUGAAAAAGAAAUUGGAGGGGGUAAAGGGAAGUUGGGUCAAGGAGUUUCCGAACGUUUUGUGGACGUAUCGAAUUACUCCUAGAAGAUCGACAAACGAGAUGCUCUUCUUCAUGACUUAUGGUACCGAAGCAGUUAUACUGAUUGAAAUCAAUUUGUUAAGUUCAAGGGUGGCGUGCUUUGCACAGGGAUGUAACAAUGAAAGUAUAAUUGGCAAUCUGGAUGCAUUGGAAGAGCGAAGAGACAUGGUGGCCUUGUGGCUCGCAAAUUAUUGA